ACAUGUAGACACUUUUCAAAAGGAAAGUUACUUCGACGAGUACCUACAUGUGAUGUUCGCAUGCAAGGAUUGUUAGGUUGUUAACAGAAGGCACAAAUCAAUUUGCUUUGGACUUUACAUUCUCAAAGAGGUUUAAUCCCGAAGAUCAGGACUAAUAUGUUUGCUAUAACGGUGGUCAAAAGAGUGCCUGGCAUUCAAUUCCUUGUUCCCUGUAGAUUUAACAGGCGCAGACUACCACCUGAAUACAAAAAGCAGUAUUUGGAAAAGAUAAAUAUUGAAGCUCUAAAUAAAUACAGGGAUUCGGACUUUGUUGCGUAUCCUGCUUUGAAAACACAAAGGUCUUGGGAAGUUCAGCCACAAGAACCAAAAGCGGAGACAAAACGCUUGUAUCAAGAACUGGUGCCACAUUAUAUUGAUCCAAGAUAUCGCGAUCAUCUGCGUGAACGUCUUGAACGUCACGAAAUGAUGCUACGUCGUCGAAAUUUAGAUAUACCGGAAUUUUAUGUAGGGUCAGUUGUUGCUGUGAAGACUGCUGAUAAGUUUGCUCCAAAUCAGUCUCAUCGAUUCAUGGGUAUUUGCAUAGAACGCUUUAAUGAAGGUUUAUGGACAAGAUUUACUCUUCGUAAUGUGAUUGAGAAAACAGCUGUUGAAAUUCAAUAUGAAUUAUAUAACCCAACUAUUCAGUCGAUUGAAGUAUUAUUAUUAGAGAAACGUUUAGAUCGUAAUCUUUUGUAUUUACGUGAUGCUCCAUUGGAUGAAAGUCGAUUUCCAUUUGAUAUGUCGCGUAUUCCAUAUAAUCCUUCUGAUCCUGUCCCAAUUAAUGAUAAAAAGGUAAAACUACUUCCACCACCAUGGAUCUUCAAAUGGUAUUUACAUGGCUACCGUGGAAUACAUGACUCAAUGUAUGAUUAUUUGACUCCAAAAGAGUUAUCUGAAAUUAAAGAGAAAAUAAAUCUCGUCGAUCGAUAUGAUUUGAUGAAAAUGUAUAGAUCACGAUUGUGUUUAGAAGAUCAACAAAUAGCUUUAGGUGAUGUACAAAUUCAACAUCAAGAUCUUAUACGUCAUCAUGAACAACGUCGACAAGAGUUAAUUGACAAGCAUAAAGAAGUAAAAAAGACUGAUAAAAUUAUUGCUCAUGGUGGUCGUUAAUUUGUAUUAUUCACUCUUGUCAUGAGACUAUAUGCAACCUUCUUAUUUGACAUUCUCUCUUCUUAAAUUGUAAAUAUUAUGUAUUGUCAUUCAAAUAGGAUUUUGCAUAAAAAUUUAUUAAAAGUCACUUUACGUUUAUCAUAAACAAUCUAGGAUAAUCUUAAGGACAGAUAAAUGUGUUUACUCUGGCACCGGCGAAUCUAAUAAAAAAUGAUUUUUACGAG